AUUUUCUUAUAAAACAAAAACAGAGAAAAGAAAGUAAAUCGGAUGAUGGAAUUAGAAACGCUAUAAAAAAUUGAUUAUAAUCUUAAAUCGAGAAACAGAAAUUACAUAUCAGAUACUAAACUAAAUUUAUUACAUAAUAUACAUUUAUAUUAACAUGUAGAUUGUUGUUUAACAAGGUAUCCGCGUUCAUCGUCUAUACGUAAAUUCGCCACUGAAUAACACAAAUGGAAUAUUAUUAUUUUAUUUUAUUAUUUUAUUAUUAUUUUUUUUAUACGAUGCAUCUUUUAAAUUGAAAAUUGAAAGAACAAACGUGUACGGUUUUCAUCGCAAGUGAUUGUACGUAUUACUGCACCAGUGUAUCGAUUCUUCGCGUCACUCGGUCGAAUUAUAGCGCUAAACGAUUCCACGCUUGUUUAUCGGUACCGAUAAUGAAAUAUAUUAUAUAAAUAAGAACCCGAAAGGUUAACAUGUGACAACUGCAUGUACACGAAUCGCGCAGGACGUUAAAUUUCACGCUAUGGAUCCUGUCAUUCAAUGAAAUAUCUGCAAUUCAUAGAAGAAAAGCAGAAUAUUCGCGAUAGAAGUAACGCCGGUCAAUUCUAAUGCGCAUGCGUACUAAAAAUGUGAACUGUGAUUGGUCGACACCACAUGGUCUGAUGUCAGACCAUAGGGUCUGUCCAAUUCAAUAAUAACGAGAUGUUCAGAAGCUAGAUGCUAGCCAGUUCUCUGUGUCGUGACCGUGACGCUUCUAUCGGGUUAUUAACGUUAAGAAACCGCACGUCGAAGAGCAUCGAAUUCAACGAACACCGACAUCAGUUUAUAUUUAAUAUUGUACACGUUUUGUUGUUUUUUCAAUACCGAAAUUGCUGACUGGUUGGCAAGGUUCGAUUCAAUUCAUUAAACGUCAACUUUUUGAUGGUGUACAACUAUCAGUUACAGAAAAUUUCGAGACCAAAAAGGAAACACAGGUUCACGACAUUUGUCAGGAUUAUAUCCACGUGUGAGCUUACAGUCCACUAAGCUCCCACGUCAGAUAAAUUUUGUACAUAUAGUUAACCAUAAUGCCAGCUCAAUUUGAAAGUGCAAACAGUCCCAUAACAAGAGAGCCCACCAUGAUGAACGGCGAUAGUCCAUACACCACCGACGAUGACAUUGUCAUCAGUGGUAUCUCUGGCCGUUUCCCAGAGUCGUCAGAUGUAGAUGAAUUUAGGAAAAAUUUAUUCGAUGGAGUAGAUAUGGUCACAGACGAUGAACGUCGAUGGACUUCCGGUAUUUAUGGCCUUCCCAAAAGGUCAGGCAAACUUAAGGACAUUUCAUCGUUCGACGCUACCUUUUUCGGUGUACAUGCAAAACAGGCCCAUGUAAUGGACCCACAACUGCGUAUACUUCUGGAAACGACAUACGAAGCGAUAGUCGAUGCUGGUUAUAAUCCAAAUGACCUUAGAGGCUCUAAAGUUGGUGUAUUCAUCGGUGUUUCGUCUUCGGAGUCGGACGAAUAUUGGUCUUAUGAUCCAGAACAAGUUAACGGAUACGCGUUAACUGGAUGCUGUAGAGCUAUGUUUUCAAACAGAAUUUCCUAUACGUUCGAUUUCACCGGGCCAAGUUUCGCACUCGAUACAGCAUGUUCUUCGUCCUUGUACGCGAUGCACCAAGCAGUUGCUUUGAUUCGUGCUGGCGAAUGUGAGGCAGCAAUUGUCGGUGGUUGUAAUAUACUUCUGAAGCCAACAGCUUCCCUUCAAUUUCAUAGAUUGAGUAUGUUGUCUGCUGAUGGUACUUGCAGAGCCUUUGACGCUGACGGCAAAGGAUACGUUAGAUCCGAAGCUAUUGGUGUUAUUUUCCUACAAAAAUCAAAGGACGCCCGUAGGGUGUAUGCCACAGUGGUACAUUCCAAAACGAACAUUGAUGGCAAUAAAAUUCAGGGAAUCACAUUCCCCAGCGGCGUUAUGCAAAACAAGCUAAUGCGUGAAGUUUACUCAGAAUCUGGAAUUAAUCCUGCGGACGUUGUGUACGUGGAAGCGCACGGAACUGGUACAAAGGUCGGAGAUCCACAGGAAAUUAAUUCCAUCGCGAAAUUAUUCUGUAAAGGUAGAAAGACUCCUUUGUUACUCGGUUCGGUCAAGUCUAACAUGGGUCACGCAGAACCGGCUAGCGGAAUCUGUUCCCUAGUAAAACUAUUGAUUGCUAUGGAAACCGGUGUGAUCCCAGGCAAUCUGCAUUUCAAGACUCCAAACAGAGACAUUGCCGCGUUAAAUGAUGGUAGGAUACAAGUUAUAGAUAAGAAUACACCAUGGAAAGGUGGACUUACAGCAGUUAAUUCGUUCGGUUUUGGUGGAGCAAAUGCUCAUGUUGUUCUCCGUAGUAAUCCUAAACCAAAGUUGUCGCCAGUCUUAGAUAGUAAAUUACCGAAACUCGUUACUGUGUCCGGUCGCACUGAGGAAGCUGUGGAAGUGCUUCUACAGAAAGUCAAAGAACACGAGAAAGACGAUGAGUUAAUUGCUCUUCUUCAUGAUACUUACGCGAAUAAUGUAUCAGGCCAUCUUUACAGAGGAUACUCUGUUCUCGGAAACGUUAACAGCCAGGAAAUAAAUGCAUUUUCUGGGGAAAAACGUCCCAUAUGGUACGCAUUUUCUGGUAUGGGUUCACAAUGGCCAGGCAUGGGUAGAGAGUUGCUCGGGAUCGAGACUUUCCAGCGAAGUUUGCAAAGGUGUGCCGACGCUUUGAAACCGGAAGGAAUCGACCUGAUGUAUUUAAUUCAACACGGAACAGCCGAAACUUUCUCGAACGUUGUACACAGUUUCGUAUCAAUAGCUGCUAUCCAAGUUGCGCUUGUCGACGUAUUGUCGCAUCUAGGCGUUCAACCUGACGGUAUCAUUGGUCACUCCGUCGGUGAGUUAGGAUGUGCUUACGCAGACGGUACUUUCACACCGGAGCAGACAGUUUUGGCUGCCUACUGGAGAGGAAGGAAGAUCCUGGACUCGAAGUUGGAACCUGGAGCCAUGGCUGCAGUAGGAUUAACUUGGGAGGAAGCCAAAGCACGAGUCCCACCCAAUAUCGUAGCAGCUUGCAACAACUCCAAAGAUUCUGUAACCAUUUCUGGGCCAGUCGAUGCCAUCCAUAAGUUCGCCGAGGAAUUGAAGCGAGAGAAUAUCUUUGCAAAAGUGGUAGAUAGUUCUGGUGUUGCGUUCCACAGCAAGUAUGUGGCACCAGCUGCCCAGGAAUUGCGCAUUGUAUUGGAGAAGAUAAUAACGAAUCCAAAACAAAGAUCCUCCCGGUGGAUCUCCACAUCUAUACCUGAAGAGGCUUGGGGCACACCGUUGGCGCAACUCAGUUCUCCGGCCUAUCAUGUUAACAAUUUGCUGUCCCCUGUUCUUUUCAAUCAAGGACUUUCUCACAUUCCGGAAAAUGCAAUAGUAAUUGAAAUUGCUCCCCAUUGUCUGCUGCAAGCGAUUCUGCGUAGAUCACUGGCACCAACUGUGACUAACAUUGGCUUGCAUAAGCGAGAUCAUUCAAACAAUUUGGGCUUCUUGCUAGAGAAUAUAGGAAAAUUGUAUGUAGCAGGUGGACAGCCUAAAGUAUCCAAGUUGUACCCACCUAUUAGUUAUCCAGUUGGACGUAGCACACCUAUGCUCAGUUCCCUGGUUAAAUGGGAUCAUUCCACUGAAUGGAGCGUGGCUGAUUUCCGUGCGAAAUCUGGAGGCUCCGGAGAAAGUGUCAUCAAAGUCGAUCUAUCCAAGGAAUCAGACGCCUAUCUAGCUGGCCACACCAUCGAUGGAAGAAUUCUUUUCCCGGCUACCGGUUACUUGGUAUUGGUAUGGAAAACUUUCGCAAAGUUGCAGAAUAUCGAUUAUGAACAGAUGCCGGUGGUAUUCGAGAAUGUGAAAUUCAUGCAAGCUACCAUCAUGCCUCUGGAAGGCGAGGUGAAGUUCGCAGUUAACAUUUUCAUGGGUACCGGAGAUUUUGAGAUCUGUGAAAACGAUUUUGCAAUCGUGACAGGGAAAAUAUCUGUCCCAGAAAAUCCCGACAAAAUGUUAUUGAAUAUUCCUCCGCGUGUCUUCAAGAAUGAACCCGAAUUACUAGAACUGACCAAAGAGGAUGUUUACAAAGAACUUAGAUUAAGAGGAUACGAUUACAGCGGAGUUUUCCAGGGAAUCAAGUGCGCUCACAACCGUGGUGGUAUCGGUAAACUUUUGUGGAACGAUUGGAUCUCAUUCCUCGACACCAUGCUUCAGUUCACACUUUUGGAGAAAGACUCCAGAGGAUUAUAUGUACCAGUCCGUUUGCAGUAUGUAGCUAUUAACCCCACGGCUCAUUUGGAAUAUGUUAAGAACCACAAAGAUGAGGGUGUACCUGUUUAUUCUUAUUCAAACGUAGAUGUUACCAAAUCAGGUGGAGUUGAAAUUAGGAAAAUGAAAGCUUCUCUGAUUGCAAAGAAGCAACAAUCUCAGUCACCCAAAUAUGAUAGACAUACGUUUGUGCCUUAUGAAAAUGCUCAGCCAUUUUCACAGGAUCCUGAUAGAUCUAAGGUACAUGCCCUUACCGCUUUAUUACAAGUUGUUAAUGAAAAUAUGCUUGGACUGAAGAUUAAAGCCGCUGAAGUGGCUGGAAAUCGUCCCGUGGAUGCUCUUCUCACGCCCACUGUAUUGGAUGUACUUUGUUAUGAACCACUGCGUAUUGUUGAUAUGCAAUUGGUGUCAACCUCUCCAGCACAAUACGGCAGUUUAGCAGAAUUGAGCGUCAAGGUUGUGCCCCGUAAUGAAAAUGCUGAACCAGUUGGUCAGGAUUUACAUUUGGUUGUAGCGGCUAACGUAUUAUCUAAUAAAUCACUGAACGUGUUGUCGAAUUUGACAAAUAGUGUAAAGGCUGGUGGAUUUGUCUUGUUGGAAGAGUCCAGUCAAUUUGACGUUAACCUAGUAAAAGAUCCAAAUCUAGUGUUUGUUGGUAAACAAGCCGUACUUGGAAAACUAUAUUUGUUAUUUAAGAAGAAAGAACCAGCAGUGGAACCGAUCGUUGUACAUAUAACCGAAAAGAAUUUCUCGUGGCUCAGUAGUGCAAAAGCAGCUUUGACAAAGGCUGUAGCUGAAAACAAGGAAGUUAUUUUCGUUAGUCAAGGUGAAGAACUACUUGGUAUGACUGGAUUUAUGAAUUGCGUUCGUCGUGAAGAGGAGGGCUCGCAUGCACGUUACGUGUUCAUUCUAGACAAAAAUGCACCCAAAUUUAGCUUAACCGAUAAAUUCUACGCACAGCAAUUGAGCAAACAGUUAAUGGCUAACGUUCUGAAAGGAGGAAGUUGGGGAAGCUAUCGUCAUUUGCGAUUAGAUCAACAGAAAGAUGCAUCAUCUCUUCAAGUUGAACAUGCAUACAUCAAUGCGUUGGCGAGAGGUGACUUAAGUAGUCUGCGAUGGAUCGAAAGUUCAUUGAGCUACUAUCAACCACAAAGAUUCCCCAACACAGAAUUUUGCUAUGUGUAUUAUGCACCAUUGAACUUCAGGGACGUUAUGCUGGCAACCGGAAAAUUACCACCGGACGCUCUUCCUGGAAAUUUGGCAAAUCAAGACUGUAUAUUGGGUCUAGAAUUUUCUGGUCGCAAUUCGAAAGGUCAACGAAUCAUGGCUAUGGUGCCGGCGCGUGGUAUGGCAACCACUGUAGUGGCUGAUCCAGGAUUUAUGUGGGAAGUACCUGACAAAUGGACAUUAGAACAAGCAGCCACGAUUCCAGUAGCCUAUGCAACAAGUUACUAUGCUCUUUGCGUCCGAGGUGGUCUAAAACCUGGCGACUCUGUUUUAAUUCACGCUGGUACUGGAGGUGUUGGACAAGCUAGUAUCUCUAUAGCUUUGCACGCGGGUUGCACGGUAUUUACAACCGUUGGAACCCAGGAGAAACGAGAUUUCUUGAAGAAGAUGUUCCCUCAGUUGACCGAUAAAAAUAUUGGCAAUUCUCGAGACACCAGCUUCGAACAAUUGGUGCUCAGCGAGACCAAUGGCCGCGGUGUUGACAUAGUUCUUAACUCAUUGGCCGAAGAAAAGUUGCAAGCUAGUGUAAGAUGCCUCGCAGUUGGUGGUCGUUUCCUUGAAAUUGGAAAGUUUGAUUUGUCAAACGACGCUGCUCUUGGAAUGUCCGUAUUUUUGAAGAAUGUUUCCUUCCAUGGAAUACUGCUGGAUGCUAUAUGUGAGACUGAUAAUGAUGAAAGAAAACAAGUGACUAAACUAGUCAGUGAAGGUAUAAAGAAUGGAGCUGUGCGUCCUCUUCCGUCGACAGUCUUCUCAGAACAACAGAUUGAACAGGCGUUUAGGUUCAUGGCUACCGGUAAACACAUUGGUAAGGUGCUUCUGAAAAUUCGAGAAGAGGAGAAACAGAAGGUCGCGCAACCAUCGCCAAAGGUAGUCGCAGCCAUUCCAAGGAUCUACAUGAAUCCAGAAAAGUCGUACGUGUUAGUCGGUGGUCUUGGUGGAUUUGGUUUAGAACUCGCUGACUGGAUGAUUACCCGAGGUGCCAAGUACUUAAUUCUAACCUCGAGGUCUGGAGUUCGUACAGGGUUCCAGUCACUGUGCAUUCGUCGCUGGCGAGAAAUGGGUGUGCACGUCACAGUUUCCACCGCUGAUGUGACGACAAUGGCUGGAGCAAAACAACUCAUCCAACAAAGUAAUAAGAUUGCUCCAGUUGGUGGUAUAUUCAACUUGGCGGCCGUUUUACGUGACGAACUUCUUCAAAAUCUUGAAGAAAGUGAUUUUGUAACGGCGACACUGCCCAAGGUAGCUGGAACUAAAUGUCUGGAUGCUGUAUCUCGCGAAUUAUGUUCUGCGUUGGAUUACUUCGUUGCCUUCUCGUCAAUCACCAGUGGAAGAGGAAACCUAGGUCAGUCAAAUUAUGGUCUUGCAAAUUCUGCCAUGGAGAGAAUAAUGGAGCAAAGACAAGCGAACGGUUUACCUGGUCUGGCCAUUCAGUGGGGAGCUAUUGGUGAUGUCGGUUUAGUUAUAGAAAAUAUGAUGGGUAGUAACGAUACUGAAGUAGGUGGUACUCUGCCCCAACGUAUACAGAAUUGUCUCGAAACGAUGGACGUAUUCCUUCAACAGCCGCAUCCUGUUUUAAGUUCCUUUGUGUCAACAGAAAAACACAAGGGCGCAGAUAACGCGAAUAAGAUUAGCAUCGUCCAAGCGGUUGCUAAUAUCCUAGGAAUCAAGAAAGUAGAAUCCAUCAAUCCUGCUAUUUCUUUGGCUGAUCUUGGAAUGGAUUCUCUUAUGGGAACUGAAAUUAAACAGACCCUCGAAAGAAACUACGAUAUAUCAAUGUCAGCACAAGAAAUUCGUACAUUGACGUUUAAGAAGUUAAAGAAAUUCGAUAAGUGUCCGAGCGAAUCAUCGUCGCGCGCCACUUCUCCAGAGCCGCAAAAUGCUGAGGCAGAUGGCUUCCUAUUCCAACUUGAAAAUGUAAACAUUGUACCUACUGAGUCCAUCGUGCAACUACAGACGAAGAGCUCUAAGGGUUCACCUAUAUUCUUCAUUCACGCUAUUGAAGGAAUAGCAGCCCCCUUCAAAGAAGUGGCUAGUCAACUGAAUCAACCUGCCUAUGCCCUGCAAUGUGUUGAAAAUACUCCACUUGGUUCUAUACAAGACACAGCAGCGUUCUAUAUUCAGAAAAUACAACAGAUUCAAAAGAAGGGACCAUAUCACAUAAGUGGAUACUCGUUUGGAGCCUGCAUCGCGUUUGAAAUAGGAAUUCAAUUACAGAAAGCUCAACAAGAUGUAGUUAUUACGUUCAUCGAUGGAUCUCCAGACUUUGUAAGGUUACAUUGCAUACACGUUGGAAAACAAACUGGACGGCCAGAAGAUGCAGUUAAGGAUGGCUUUAGAAAGGCUGUAUCAUACUUUAUCGGACAAUUUAAUACCAAGAUUAGUUACCUUGAGGGAUAUCUUGCCUUGAAAGGCUUGUCUUCUGAUGACGAAGUUUUAAAUAAAAUGGUGGAAUUAGUAAAUAAGCCACAGAUAAAGCCUAGCGACCUAAAGGUUGCUAGUAUCUUAUUGUACAAAAAGUUGAUGGCAGCUUUUGCUUACAAACCAUCUGAAACGUUCAAUAAGGACGUUACAUUAAUAACAGCCAAAGACAACUUUGUUCCUUUGGAAAACGACUACGGUUUAUCAAAGGUCUGUAAAAAGAAUGUGCAAAUACGGGAAUUGCCAGGAAAUCACAGAAGCAUUUUAGUGGGAGAUAGCGCAUUAGAGAUUGCAACCAUUCUACAAACGUAAAUUUAUCUCGAAUUUAUAAAUAAUGUAAAAUAUAAGAAAAUAAUCUGUAACAUUUAUAUCAUUAUUUAAAUGUACAUAAAUGUUACACAGAAACGUUCCACAAAGUUUUAAUGUACAAUGAUAUUAAUAGUAAUCAUCGAAACUUAAUAUUUAAUAUUUAAUAUUUAAUAUGAUUUCUACAUAAUCUUCUGUAAAGUUCCUUUUGUACAAAUGUUUCUGCCUUCAGGUUUCUACUCGCAUUGUUUAUAUCAUCUGCAUUAUUAAAUUAUGAAACCGUUUUCUCCACUUUUUAAUUAUAAAUAUCUUAAAGUUGGUAAAAUGAGAGAAGUAUAUCAAAACAAAAUAAAAUAGCUUUAGUGUUUUUGUAUUUUGUAGUCUAUAAUAGUUUCAAGUACACUACAAAUGGGUAUUACUAUAAAUAUUUAGCAGAUCUUAAAUAUAAAUAUUCAAAUUAAGUUAAAUUUAAAUUCUAGAAAUAUUUACUACAGGUCUCUGUAAUGAUUUCUGGUGGACAAUUAAUCAUUACUCAGACAUAUAGUAUAUAUAUGCAUUUUGUGAAAUGUUAUUUUGCAUCUAGAUUUCUGGGAAACCAUGACAUUUUACACACAGAAAAUAUGUACAAAACUGUAUUUAACAAAAAAAUAUAAAGAAGCAAGAGGUAUUUUACAAUUUUUUCAUUCUUAAUUUUUUUUACACAUUUUUAAUGGUGUAUUCAAACAAGAGGGUAUAACAUUCCAGUGAUAAAUAGUAAUAUAUAUUCUAUAUAUAUGUAUUUAUACAGCUUCACAAUUUAUUGCACACAACAUACUUAAUGCUUUAUCGAAAGCAACCAUUUAUACUAUUUUUUCAUUAGAAAUAAAAAAUCAAUUUGUUAAAUAAUAAAUAUGUACAUGUUCAUAAUUUGACUUAUCAUAUUAAUUUGAUUGUCAUUAAGUACAUAUAGUGUAAACUUGUUAAGUGUUAUGUUUCAUGUACGUUCUUGUAUUAUAUUGAUAAAUGAAUAAAGAACA